AUGAGUUGGUUCUGUUCUGUCUGCGAAAAAUCAUUUACUAGAAAGGAUAGCAUGCAAAGGCACGUGAUGUCUAAACACCACAAUGAUGGUCUCACACCAUUUCAAACAGUUCCGUUUUCACAGAAAUGUCAGCGGUUUCGAUUCGAGCAUCCUUUUACCUCCAUGAUUGCCGGAAUGACCGGCUCAGGAAAAACGGCCUGGGUUCGAUCUCUAUUACAACAAGCUUCAGAGACAAUUUACCCUCCCCCAGAGAGGAUUGUUUGGUGUUAUUCACAAUGGCAGCCUGCGUAUACAGAAAUGCUAGUCGCCAUUCCACACAUUGAAUUCGUCAAGGGAAUUCCCACGGCUUUGAAGCAGGAUUCCUAUUUUGAUGUGAACAAACGGAAUUUGAUCGUGUUUGAUGAUCAAAUGAUUGAUGCCAGUAAAGACAAGCGAAUUGUGAACCUCUUUACUCGUGGUUCUCAUCAUCGCAAUCUGAGCGUGAUUUAUAUCGUGCAGAAUAUAUUUCAUCAGGGGAAA